UUUCUCGCGGAGAUGUCCAUUGAUAGACUCAUAGCUGUGAGGGUACCAAUGGCUGCCUCGAGACUGUGUACCACAAAAAGGGCAAAGGUCACGGUCAUCAUAUCAUCCCUCAUCAUAGGGACAGCCAACUUGCACGUGUUAUAUAUCUAUAGAUACAUCCGGGACCCUGAAACAGGUAUACGCGUGAUGGUGUUUUCAACACUCAGGGGAGUGGAACUCGUGGCUUCCCUUUUCUACGUAUUGGUGGGGACGGUGUUCCCUUUCCUAAUCAUUCUCGGCAGUAACCUCGUCAUCAUCGUGACACUACGGCGGGCCUCCAAGGAAAGGGCCCGGCUCAAGUCCAGUCAACAGAAAGAAGGACCGGGGAAGCAUCAACAAGAAACACAGCAUCUCACCGUCAUGUUGAUCUUUGUGAGCGUGGCCUAUAUUGUGACAUCACUUCCGUACCGGAUGUAUGACUUCAGCGCCCAGAUUCCGGCCGUGGACGCCAUGUAUGAUAUGUCGCAGGUUUAUUGGAGAUUACGUUAUGGUAUUGGUCAGUUUGCUGUCAUGAAUAUUUGGUUUUAUAAUUUCGCUGUUAACUUUUAUUUAUACAUCAUCGGAGGAGGCAAGCGUUAUAGAAAUGAUGCGAAAGAGGUGUUGUUUUGUUGAAGAUUGUUUUAUCAUGUUUACAUUUUAACCUUCGCUGAUACAGGUUACCUACAUUUUCGACUGACAUAACUGAAGCGGGGAAUUUAUCCUUACAUUAGGACGUGGCCGCCUUCAUGAUUGGUCGAUAGACAUGGAUGUGCGGUGCUAGUUUUACAGUGGACCACACGAUUCUUCUCAGUAUAAGGAAAGACUUGUUUGGAUUACAAGACAUGACACUUAGUCUUAUCUCUGCUGUUGUACAGGCCCUGGCCACAUUGUACGAUGCACGUUGUUGUGACCCGACAGUCUCGUCGUCAAACUAAUAAGUAGUCCGACGAGAGUGCCCACACAACACGAUUGCAGUCAGCCAACUGAAACACUGAUCAUAUCGGCUUUUGUACACUGCUCACCAGUUGAUGCAAGUGAAACAUCUUUAGGAAAGUUAGAGUCGUGGAGCGGCGAAUUAUUAUACUCGUGAUCACCGGUCAUACACUGCUGAUAUAACAAAACUAAGGGAUCGUAUUACCCGUGAUGUACUGAGGUUGCAUUGGCUACCAGCGCAUGAGCGCUCUGCUGAUGGUAUAUAUCAGUUAUUCUGAUUCGCUGCUUCUUGUUUCCUCAUCUCGCCUACUAGUCAGUACAGGUGUUGGCUCAUGCCGGACUGCCCAUCAUGUCUUGUUCCUCCACUGUCAUGUCUUUGCCAAGGUCUUAUCAAUGAGUACGUGUCCAAAUUCCUCUCGAAUUCCUCUGAUAACCUUUUCUUACUCUUAAGUUGUUUGAAUAAAGAUAUGGCGAAAUGACAUUAAUUGAACCGUCGCGUCAAAAUAUGUAUGUAUGUUAUCGUUAAAAUAUUUCCCGAUGAUUUCGACGAGCCUUCAUUUUGCUGCAGACGUGAAGCAUCUGGCCGAGGAAUGACCGCACAAUGGUAACAAAGGGAGUCGUUUAACGAAAGAGAUAUCUCACUUGAUGGUCCAUUUGGCAUUCACUUCAGACGUUUGUUUCAUCAUCUCAAUGAGGUUCAAGAUGGCGUGCGGAAAUUGCAAACGCGUGGUGGGGAUUAUCUUCUGCUGUGUUGAAAUGUUGUUGUUGUCCGGCGUGAUGUUCGGUUGGAUAUAUCUUGUGGACGUGUUGCGGAACGAUGGGGUGUUCACUGACAUCUGCGUUAACAUGUCAUCUAUUCAAAAUAAUGCCACAAUCAAGCUGACAGUCCGCGACAUCAGGUUAAUGGUGGAAGAUGAUGUUAAUAAACAAAGAUACAGACGGACAUUACGAAACAAUGAUGUCCAAGAUGACGGAGGUGGCAAUGUCAAAUAUGACACUGGGUCAGACGUGAUAACAUUAUUUGAGACUCUAAGCGAAGGACAGCACGCCACAGCACUGCCUGCACCAGAUGGGUCCAAUGGCAUUUCAAUGGCUGUGGUGUCUCCCAUUACCAGUGAGGAUGGAUGGUACGGCAUCCUCCCCUUGAAAGGUUACCGCUGUGAGGAAGAGUGGCAGACGUAUGUGUUUAUCUAUUUGGCCGCCAUCUUUGGUGCGCCGUUUCUGCUCUUGAUCAUUGGUAUUCUCUAUGAUGUCUGUGGCACGUGGUUGGUGAGGAUCAUUGGCAUUGUCUUCAUCAUUGCCGGGAACCUGAUGAUAGCAUACGCAGCUGAAGAUCUCAGCCUACUUCUAUACGGAGGGACAGUGCUGGUCCAUAGCGGUGGUCUCGUUCUCCUACUCUCUAACAUUCAGCUUUCAAACUACUUCUACUCGGCAAGAAGUACCAUCAUCUGUGUGAUCGUCGGCUGCUUCUUCAGCAGUUCUGGCGUCUAUUUAGCCAUAAAGUAUAUCAUCAACGACUUCACUUGGGUUCCGCGGCAGUACAUCUUUUUCGUGAUGGGGGGUAUUACCUUGAUCCCCAUAGCAACGACCUUCUUCUUCCAUUCAAUGAUUCGAACAGAGGAGAGCGAGUUUGGCUUGGACCGGUACAGGCCUCGUGAGACAAGCCACAUCAAGAUGAACAGCAAAAAGAUCUACCGGCAGACGAUCCGUAAUGGGACCUUACCGGGAGACGUGGACGAGCCGAUCAUUGAUGAUGGGCGCUCCACGGUCAGCAACAUGAGUGGCGGCACCAACCUGUUCAUUGAGAGGGAGACUUAUUGCAGGGUGACGUGUACUGCCACCUUUAUCCUCCAUGUGAUGUGGUUCUCCGUCCUUCAGCUUCAGAACUGGUUUAUAGCCUCCAUGAGAUUUAAUCUAACUACAGAAACCGUAGCUUAUCGAGAGGAAAUCUACUACUACGGGCAUAUCUGCUUGCUUAUUCUCGCUCCCGUCAUAGGCGUUGGUAUGGACCAUCGACGAAAGCACACAGGGAAGAAGUUCGAUGACAAUGAGAUUAUCCACCUCAAAGGGAGCAUCAUCCCAGUGACAGUCACCUCCAUCCUCGGUCUCAUCCUGGCCGGAAUAGUCUUCAUCCCUCUUUUCGCCAGCGCCAAGGAAACGCUCUAUGCCAUAGACUUACUCCUUCUGAUCGUCAACUAUUUCUCCUGGGCGACUAUGGCUGUGUAUAUAUUUCAAAUGGCAUGUCUGGCUGAAGGGAGAGACCUAGCUGGAAGGGAACUGUCUCACCUUGCGUCUCUAACACCUCACAGACACAUCUAUCCAAAGGCGUUUUUCGGGCGACUGUUUUCAGUCACUGUACUUAUUGGGACAAUCUUUGGAGCCUGCCAUUACCCAUUGUUGAUAUUACUCAAACUGGUGCCAGAAGUCAAGCCGUAUUAUGUGUUCGUCGGUCUUGGUGUGCUGCUUGUCGUGAUCUGCUCACAUCCAGUUCACUUGACAGUUCGCGUGAAACAUCUCGAGAGAGAGAACGAGAAGAGAGUCAUGAACUCCAUCUGGUCAGCUGACGCUAAUAGUUACAGUGCCGUGCAACAACUGAAGAAGGGAGAUACCUUGACCACAACUAGUGACUUGACACUCGAUAGAACAACAGCAUUUUAAGACACCACCAAAGCGCUACAAGCACUUUUUUUCUUAUUCGUGGCGAAAUGGUCCAUCAAUAACUUGUGCAUGCAUAGCCAAGACGGAUAAUAUUGCGUGCCUCCGAGUCCCGUAGCUACAGAUUUCUGCUCAAUUUGCCCCUGCACGUGUGGCUAACGCCUUUUUACUGCUAACGCGCGAAACAAUUAUUUUCUUGAUGACAAAUAUUCGAACAACAUUUCCUAUAACUCUAUCGAAUGAUUUGUAUCGAAAUGAUGUUUCCUCUUGCUUAUGCGGACCGAUCUCAGAUUUCAUUAUAUUGAAAUAGAAUGCGUGUGUAAAUGUGAAGCUCGUAUCGUGCUCUAAUUACGAAAUUAUAAUUGUAAGUGACAAUGCAGAGAUUAUCUCUAUUCUAGAGAUGGUAGGGAAUCGUGUAAAAUUAUCGGUAAAAAUUAUCAUGUAUAACUUUCCAUAAACCAACUGAUAUCCCAGAGCAGGCCUAUCUCUAAUUAGAGAAGACUAGAAUAAUAAGAGCGACCCUCAGUCAAGUUUGCUGCUAUAUCUAAUGCUAUACACUUCAUUGUAAAUACGAAAUGCGUUGUGCACAACUGAUCGUAUUUGAAAUACCUGUGCAUUUAAUGUAUUAUCAAACAUUAGCCUUUAAACAGUGUAUACAAGGCAUUGAAUAAUCAACGGGCGGGUGAUUUCAUCAUGCUCUGUGCACUGUGUGGACAAUGGUACAAUUGUUAUGUUACAGCAGUAGGAGUCCUUGACAAUGGUCUUUGUUAUUCAGGGGUGCACGUACUAAUGUGGCCAUUUCUUGAUAGCCGAGCGGAACUGACCACCCCAAAUAACAGAGGCGCUGGCCAAUGGACUCGCCGUUUCGGUAAUAGAACAAGUGUACGGUUGUCCACAAUGGUAUGGACCCAACGCUGACAAGGUGUAUUAAUAUGCAAAUCGAAACCAACAAUAAAUUAUUUCAAAUUACGAUU